AUGCAGGCCAAUACAGCACCGGGCGCUGCGUCGCCAUUCAUGCCGUUGUUCGACCAGUUCCGUUCCGAGCUUGACCAACAUCACGAUCGCAGGGAGAGGAUCAUCAAAGCAUCGAGAGACAUUACGGCGGCUUCGAAGAAGAUUAUCCGCGCCGUGAAGCAGCCUUUACCAGAACAUGUCGUCAAAAGCAACCAGCAAUACUACGACAUCAUUUCCGAACGAUUUGCAUCAGUCUCGCGAGAUCUCCAAGGACUCAACGCCCACCGCUACGCCCGGCAGAUCAGUGGCGGAUGCCAGGAGUGGAUGGAAGCAGCCUCUUUCCAGCACUAUCUCACCACUGCCAAACUCCUCACCUACGAAGAAUCAGUCGCCCUGAUGCGAAGUCUCGAUCCCGAAGGACCUGGAGUGGAGUUGAGCCCGGAAGACUACUUGCUCGGCAUCUACGACAUGACGGGAGAGCUCAUGCGUUUCUCGAUCACGGCCAUGGCUACUAGUGGUUCCUUGCCGAUGAUCAAGGAGGACGAUGCGGAGGAGACGAUGUCCGAUGUGGCAUCUGUCGGAAGCGAACGAAGUGUUCUGAAUGAUAUGCGUGCCUUGCGUUCUGCCCUUGAAGCUUUCAAUGCUGGAUACGGACCGUUCGCCAAGGACUCGGAGAAGAAGAUGGAGGUCAUGCGGCAGAGCGUGGAAAAGGUGGAGCGAUCACUGUACGGACUGGUGGUGCGCGGCGCUGAGAGGCCAAAGGGCUGGCUUCCGGACGCUGACGGUCCACGGGCUGUCGAGGUCGAAGCUUGA